UAACGACGUUACCACCUCUUAAACAUAUGUCAGUACAAUUGGCAUGCAUUGACGGUUAUACUUUGUCGCCACCGUAUGUGAGGAGGCAUUGUGAGAAUAAGAAGUGGGACAAACACGAAAAUCCUCGCUGUAUCAAAACGUGUCAACUGAAUAAGUUAUUCUGCAGCGAUUCAAUGCGGCGGACAUGCAAAUAUAACGGUAAUCUCGUCCAAUGCGAAUCGACAAUGCUCCCAGGCACAGAAGUAGGUUUCGAAUGUAAUAUCGGAUAUAGAUGGAAGAAACAUGCAACGGAGACGAAUAUAGCUGUUACAUGCCAGGAGGAUGGAACUUGGUCGGAAAAUCUUGAUAUGGAUAAAUACUGUGAACUUGAUUGUGGUCAUCUUCACACAAAUACAAUAAAACCUUUGGCGACAUCCGGUACUCCCAUAGAGCCAGAAAUCUCGCCGUGGACCGUUGUCAUUUAUGCGAAGGAUCAGGAACAUAGCUACAAGAAAAUAUGUGGUGGGGUCCGUGUGAAGCCCGACAUUGUGUUGACUGCCGCACAUUGUGUGCUAAUUAACGAUACCAUUAAACUAGCACAUUAUCGGGUGGGAGGCUCAACAAAUGUUAAUCGUACAGUUGGUGAGGAUUAUGGCUGGGCAGUUUCAAAAAUUGAGACUAAUCGGAACUAUGAUCCUUCUACGAUGGCAUUUGAUACCGCUCUGUUAAAACUGAACUUAACUUCGGUAGACAGAAAUAAAGCAAAAGUUAUUUGCUUACCCUGGCAGUUCGAUGAAUACAUGUACGAGAUGGGGAACACAGUGGCCGAGGUGUGUUCCCUUUCCAACGGAACAAAUAGUUUAAGGUUGACCAUGGUUGAGUCUGAAGUAUUGAACAGAACCAGCGAUCAACAAUUUCACAUAGCAGCCAAGGCCGGAGAAUUUCUUUGUGAAGAUGAUACUGGAAGCGGAUUCAUCACUAACUGCUAUCAUAAGCAUACUAAAACGAGGGCUGAUAGCUUCUGCUUGUAUGGUGUGGUGAGUUUCGCAAACAGAGGCUUAGACAAACAGAGAUGCUCUAAGAACGUUGUCCUUACGAAUACGAGCGGCUACUAUAAUAGAGAUUUUAUUAGCUCCACUAUCGAUUACAUGACGACUUGUGAUCAAUAUUAACAAUACAACCAUUCGAAUUCAAAAUUUAA